AUGACUUGGAUAUCGAAGUCAAUUACGGGCCUGGGCUUUUUGUUUUUAGCACACGCCUGCUAUUCGGCUCACGAGCAUUCUGCUCUCCAAUCUGCGAGCGCUGCGACUUUAUCCUCCCUCGCAUCUCAUAGCCCAUCCGCUGUUGCGACACUCCCAAUCGACAUCUCAAUCGAAACCGUUGUGGCAAUCCUUGCGAUCUGUCUCGGCCUCGUCCUUGGGACCCCCGAAUUACGACCAAUACAAUGGCGCGUCUGGGCCGGCAAGAUCGAGCGCGAGGGCGAAAAGGGUUUCAUGAAUGGUGACGGCGAAGUGGACAAGGAUUAUGUGGGCAAUCCAUUUCGGGUGUUGGAGAGUAGGCCGGGCUUCGUAGAUAUCCGGAAGCAGAGGAAGGAAUUUGCAGAGUGGGUGCGAGAGGGUGGCGGACCUUGA